AUGGAAGAAAGAAGAGACGAUAGUUUAUCUGUAAUGGAAAGCCUAUUUCUGCAGUGUCCCAGUACAACCACAGUGCUGGGCACUGUUGGAGUCCUGCUCUUCUUUUAUGUAUUUUUUUCCAGCUUUGAUAGUCAGACAAAGGAGCCUCCUGGACCCCGGCCACUUCCUCUAUAUUUUAUGACCUUUAUUCUUUAGCUCUCCAAAAAAUACGGACCAGUAUUCACAUUCAAUUUUGGACCCCAAAAAGUGGUGGUGCUUGCAGGACACAAGACAAUCAGGCAGGCUCUGGUCAGCAGUGAGGGAUUUUCAGAGAAAGAACAUUCCCCAAUAAUCCAUGACCUGAACUUAACUCAUGGAAUUAUUUUUGCCAAUGGAGACUCGUGGAAAGAAAUGAGGCGUUUUGUGCUGACUAAGAUGAAAGAAUUUGGAAUGGGCAGGAAAGCCUCUGAAGAGAAAAUAACUGAAGAGAGUCAACGACUGAUCGACUUAUUCAAAGAAAAAAAAGGUAAAGCCUUUGACCCUGCCCAGCCAGUUAACCACGCUGUCUCUAACAUCAUCUGUUCAUAUGCAAACAGAUUUGAAUAUUAUGACCCAGUAUUCAUAUCUAUGGUGGAUCGAGCUGGUAGAAACUCUCAACUCAUGGGAUCUGCUUCAGUACAGUUAUAUAACUUCUUUCCAAGGCUGUUCAAAUGGGUCGCCCGAAAGCAACUGAUGAAGAGUGCGUUUGCUAAUAGGAGACACAUGAAAGACUUGAUCAAGGGUUUACAGGACAGCCUCAAUCCACAGAUGUGCAGAAGUUUGGUGGAUUCCUUUCUGGCCCGCAAGAUUCAGCUGGAGUCCUCCACUUCUGUCCUGUUGGGGACCAUAGUGGGCUUGCUGGUCUUUUACUUUCUCUACUCCAGCUUCAGCUCACAAGAAAAAAGGAGCGAGCCUCCAGGGCCAAGCGCUUUGCCCCUGUUUGGCAACAUAUUGCAGUUUGAUUUGAAGAGACCUGACAAAACUCUCUGUGAGUUUGCAAAGAAAUAUGGAUCUGUAUUCCAAGUUUACUUUGGAACCUCCAAAGUGGUCGUCUUGGCAGGGUUCAAGACAAUCAAAGAGGCUCUGGUCAACUACUCAGAGGAGUUUGGAGACCGAGACAUCUCCCCUAUAUCAUAUGACUUACACCAUGGCCAUGGAAUUAUUUUUGCAAAUGGAGAAUCAUGGAAAGAGUUGAGGCGUUUUUCCCUGACCACCCUGAGAGACUUCGGGAUGGGCAAAAGAUUAGCUGAGGAAAAAAUAUUGGAGGAAUGCCCUCAUCUGAUCCAAAUGUUUGAUGAAUAUAAAGGAAAACCCUUUGAUACUUCACGUCCGAUGAAUUAUGCUACAGCCAAUAUCAUCUCCUCUAUUGUGUAUGGAAGCAGAUUUGAAUAUGAUGACCAGCGAUUCCAAAACUUGGUGAAAAGAGCAAACGAGACCAUAUCUCUAACUGGUUCUCCAACAAUUCAGCUUUACAACAUGUUUCCAAGGCUGCUCAGCUGGGUCAAAAACAGGCAGCAGAUAUUAAGAAACACUGAGGAUACUGUCCAAGACAUUAAAGUGUUGAUCAAGAGCAUUAAAGAAACACUCAACCCUCAAAUAUGCAGGGGGCUUCUGGACUGUUUUCUAAUUCGAAAGCAGAAAGAAGAGGACUCGUUUGUAAAGGACUCUCACUACAAUGAGACAAACUUGAUAUUUACUGUCGGCAACCUGUUUGCAGCUGGAACUGAUACCACAGCAACUACACUGAGAUGGGGUUUGCUGCUCAUGGUCAAAUAUCCACACAUACAAGAGAAGGUCCAUGAGGAGCUGGACAGGGUGUUGGGAAGCCGGGAGGUGCGGGUAGAUGACCGGAAACACAUGCCAUACAUUGACGCUGUCAUCCACGAGACACAAAGACUGGCCAGCAUUAUCCCCAUGAGUAUACCUCACAAAACCAGCCGAGACGUCACCUUCCAGGGAUACUUUAUCAAAAAGGGGACUAUUGUAUUUCCUCUGCUCAGAUAUGUUCUAUAUGAUGAAAGUGAAUGGGAGAGCCCCUACACUUUCAACCCUUCCCACUUUCUGGAUGAGGAGGGUAAAUUCUUCAAGCCUGAUGCCUUCAUGCCAUUUUCUGCAGGUCGCAGGGUGUGUCUUGGAGAAGGUCUGGCCAAGAUGGAGCUCUUCCUUUUCUUUACUUCCCUCCUCCAGCGAUUCCGUCUUACUCCUCCACCUGGAGUUACAGAGGACGAACUGGAUCUGAGUCCAGGUGUUGGCUUCAUUGUCAACCCUAUACCUCAUCAGCUUUGUGCUGUCAGCAGAGAGGGAUUCUAAAAAUGUGUUAUCUUAUCAUUUCUCGCAAUGCUGAUUGGCUAUAUCUUGAAUGCCAAUCAGCAUUUAGAUUCCUAGACUACAUGAAACACAUUAAAUAUUAUCCAUCCAACCCCCUUUUAAAAAACAAGCAUUUUCAAACGUUUCUUCUCAUCUCAAAUAAUUCUCUUUCAGCUUGAUUCAAAUUCUAUUCCUUACCAACAAGGCUAAAGGAAAAAUCAUUCCACCUAUAUGGCUUUGUUUCAUCUCAUUGAUGAAACUACGGUACAUUUGCACUUGACGAUCAUAAAUUUACUUUCAGUAUCUAUUUACACUUUUCAAAAGCUUUUGGAUACAGUUGAUUUACAUGUGUUAUUGAAAACCAUUUUUUACGUGGUUCUCAUGAUGUUACUCACAAAUGGGUAAAAAUGAUCUUCUCAACAGAAGCCAGUUUGUUUCUGUUAAGGAUUGCAUUAUUUCUUAUCUAUAUUAAUGAUUUGUUUAAUAAGUCGCAUGUUCCUUCUCCAAUAAUGUUUGCAGAUGACACGACCCUUGUUCUUAUUCAAACUUUGAUUCUAUGGUUCAUAUUUAAUAAAUUAUCUUUGAAUAUAAAAAUAUCAUACUUUAUAAUUUUCACUGGCAAAAAAUUAUAUUCUAAGAAUUUGUCCAAUAUUGCAAUUGAUUCUGUUUAGAUACUCCAAGUAUCAACUACUAGAUUUGAUUGACUGGGUUAGCAGAAAAA